CGAACCUGCUGCUUCGAUUUUUUUGGUGCGUCAUUGGGCCUGCAGCGAAGCCAGGGUGCCAUGCGCUAAUGAAGGGCGUCUCCGGACCCUUGCUCCGGGGGGAGUCGGCAGGGUCUUGCGCCGUGUGUCCGCCCCGGGUCGCAAUGCCAAUUGGCUUGGCCCGUGCAUCCCGUAGCUUUUGUCAGACUUCUGGUGAUCGACACUUUUUCGACCAACUGCUGCGAAAGCUCCCUUUCCCUAACGGCAGCUAUUGUCGCAACACUACAUCGAAGCUCUACGCCUGUGAUGAGCACAUAGAAAAAGGGCCUUUACAUCUGAACGAGGACGUUCGCAACUUCAAAAUGCUCGUCCCAAGAUUAGCCGGGAGGCAAUUGCAAAGUUGCUUCCGUGGCGCCACCUGCGCCGCGAGAGCUCCUCGACAAUGGCAGGCCAUCGCUUCAUUGUCGAUGAGUGGUAGCCGGCGCAGCUACUCCUCAGAACCCUCGACGAUUUCAAAAACCCUAGACCAGAAAAAGACCGUCGAGGUCAACAGCCAAACGAUACCGACAGACACCUGGUUCAACGUCCCGACAAACGUCCUCGACGCCGCCUCGCGCAAGCUUCACCUCCAAAAAGACCACCCCGUAUACAUCACGCGGCAAAUUAUCGAGUCGCAGUUCCCGGCGCCGACUUACAAGUACCACAACACCUUUGACCCCGUCGUCACGACGCACCAGAACUUUGAUUCGCUCGGGUUCCCCCUGGACCACCCGGGCCGCGCGAAAUCAGACACCUACUACUUCAACAAGGACACCCUCCUCCGCACGCACACGAGCGCCCACCAGGCGCAGACCUUCCAGAAGAACCUGAGCGAGGGCUACCUCAUCAGCGCAGACGUCUACCGCCGCGACGCCAUCGACAGGAGCCACUACCCCGUCUUCCACCAGAUGGAGGGCGCCCGCAUGUGGGACAGAACGAAAGUGCCCAACGGCGACAUCGCCGCCGCCGUCUGGGAGGACCUCGAUAGGCUGCCGAAGCACAACGUGAAAGUCGAGGACCCGCACCCGGCCUACGACGCGGAGCGGAACCCCCUACAGGAGGGCCACCACUCCCCCGCCGAGGCCGAAGCCAUCGGCGCCCACCUGAAGCGCUCACUCGAGAACAUGGUGGUCGAGAUUUUUACUAGGGCCAAAGCCGCGGCGGCGAAGGCGGACCCGGACUACAAGGACGAACCCCUGCGUGUCCGCUGGGUCGAGGCGUACUUCCCCUUCACGAGCCCCUCGUGGGAGCUCGAGGUCUACUACGCAGGCGACUGGCUCGAGGUGCUGGGCUGCGGCGUGGUGAAGCAGGACAUCGCCAUCAACGCCGGCGUGCCGCAGCAGGUCGGCUGGGCCUUUGGCAUCGGCCUCGAGCGCAUCGCCAUGCUCCUCUUCCAGAUCCCCGACAUCCGCCUCUUCUGGUCCAAGGACGAGCGGUUCCUGAGCCAGUUCAGGGGCGUCUCGGACCAGCUCGACAGCAUGAAGCGCUUCGUGCCCUUUUCAAAGCACCCGGCCUGCCCCAAGGACGUCUCCUUCUGGCUCGGGAGCACCUCCUCGGCAGCGGGCGGCAACACGAAAGCCAACACGCAGGACUUCCACGAAAACGACUUCAUGGAGCUGGUGCGCGACAUCGCCGGCGAGCGGGCCGAGGACGUCCGGCUGGUGGACGAGUUCACGCACCCCAAGACGGGGAGGCGUAGCAUGUGCUACCGCAUCAACUACCGAAGUCUCGAGCGGACCCUGACCAACGAGGAGACCAAUGAGCUGCACAGCGAGGUGACCCGGAAAUUGGUCGAAAAGCUAGGCGUCGAGAUCCGGUAAGGGAAGACAGAAAGGGGAAAAAAAAAGGGCAAACAAACACUGUGCAAGCAGUUGUUCAACGUUUGGCAUAGUUUGAGGGGUAAAAGGGGGCUGUGCUGCCAACAACUUGUUAUUCCCUCAUCUUGAAGAUGGGACGAGGGCUACCGAUCCGAUGGCGGUGAGUAAGUCCACAUUCGGCAUGCCAUCACAUACUGCAUGGCAUCAUACUAGUAUACUAGAACCCCGGCGUAAGUUAUACGCCUCUGCCCGAGGCGUUGUCGUGAGAUGGGUGCUGCUAAGCUUUUAGCUUGCGCCCCGGCUAUGUGCCUGUGUAGAAGAAGAGGCCGUCACGGUCGUGUAUCAUAUCAACUACAUUGUACUAUCAAGAACCCCACCCCCAAGAAAAAAAGGAUGGACUGAGCUCAAGCUUGAUUGUUGUGAAGGCUGAGCAGAGCUAUGAAUCAAAACACUAGAACCU